UUGUUAAUAUUUGGUAAUGAAGUGAGUAAUCACCUGAAACACCGCCAGUCUUUCACUCAUAACCUUAGAGAAAAGGAUGUUUCGUUUGAGACUGUUUGCCAUGAUCCUGAGUAAAAUGUAAAAAGACUGUAAAGCUUUGUUUGGUGAAAAAGAAUUACAUCUAUACAAACAUUACUUACGAAGGAGAUUUUUGGUUUGUCUUCACGCACUUCGAACGAGGGGAGGUAACGACGACGAGAGACCCAGGGCCUCGACGCUUUUGAUCGCAGAGCACCAAAUGGUGGAGGAGGUUUGAAUCCGAAGAUCUGGAACCAUGAUGAGGAAUUCCCUGGCCUCCCUGCAGCAGCGGAGGCAGUCCACUGCGUCUGCCUUCAUCCGGGAGCCCAUCACAGCCAACACCGACGAUCGGAACUGGUCCUGGAAGUAUCUCAGGGAGCGAUUCAGACUGAAGGACCUCGAAGCGUUGUUUGAGCAAUACCUCCGGCGCAUCAACCAUGCCAUGCUCAUCGUCUAUCUCAUCAUCCAAGUCUUCAUAUCGACUGUCUUCAUCAUCUCCCUGUGCGCCACGAAGCCCCUGACGAACGCAGCUGCUCCCGAAUUGACAGCUCACGGAGCCACUAUGAUCGUCAGCUUUUCUCUGCUCUUCUACGUCUACAACGAGAAGACAUUCCACGAGUUCCCACGACAGCACAUACUUCUGUCUGGAUUCGUCGCCGUGUGCCUCUUUACCAUCGACGUGGCCAUGACGCUCUAUUUCCACGAGGAAGAAUUGGCACAAACUGAUUACGGACAGGUUGUGUUCGGAAACCCAAUCUACGUCAUCCUGGUGGUCUACAUGUUUCUGCCCAUUCAGCGAAAAUGGCAGGUGGUGAGCUUAGCAGUCCUCCUGACUGCUGGGUACUUGUCUCUCCAAUAUUAUGCCACAGUCUCUACCUUUUCGGAAGACUCUUACGGCAACAGAGUCACUAAGAUGGUUGUCAAUUGUUUGAUUCUCAUCUGCGUCAAUGUCGUGGGUGUCUAUUGGAGGUUCAUGAGCGAGGUGGCUUUCAGAAGAGCAUUUCUGGACAAAAGGGGAAACUUGGAAUCAAAGUUCAAGUUAGACGCCGAGAAGAAGCGAGAGGAGACGUUGUUGCUGAGCGUCCUCCCGAAGAAUAUCAUGCAGCAAGUGAAAGCGGACUUUCGAAACAUGAUUGAUAGGACUCUGCGGCACACGGAUCCUGUUUCGAAGAGAAAUCCUUUUCCGAAUCUUUACGUUCACCGGUACGAAAAGGUAUCGAUCCUCUACGCCGAUAUCUGCAACUUCACUCCCCUGACGACAAAACUUCCAGUGGACCAGCUGGUUGAGAUGCUGAACGAGCUCUUCGGGAGAUUCGACUGCUCUUCUGAGACCAACAACUGUUUACGAAUCAAGAUCCUCGGAGACUGUUAUUACUGUGUCUCUGGAGUGCCCGAGUACACAGACGAACACGCCCAUAACUGUCUCAAGGUCGGACUCGAGAUGAUCGAUAUCAUUAGGGAGGUUAGGGAAGAGAGAUCGGUUAACGUCGAUAUGCGAAUAGGAAUUCACAGCGGCAGUGUUCUCUCCGGCCUGAUUGGCGUUCGGAAGUGGCAGUUCGAUGUAUGGAGCAAUGACGUCACCAUAGCCAAUCAUAUGGAACAGACUGGAAAGGCAGGCCGAGUGCAUGUGACACAGAAAACUCGGGAGCUGCUCACCGAUCUGGGCUACGAUUUCGUCCCGACGGACGCCAAGGAAAAGGAUCCCCUGCUGCGAGAUGAAGGCAUCGAGACGUUUCUCGUCGUUCCCAAGAACAAGCCGCCACCCAACCGCAGAGCAUCACACAGUUACUCGGCUGUUCCUUUAAAACCCCGAGUCUCAAUGUCUGCGGUUCCCAAAGAACUGAAGUCCCUCUACGAAGGAGACGUCGCCCGGAAGAUUAACAAAGUGGAACUUCCCCGAGAGACGAGGAGAGCUUCCAUCCUCAGCAGGAGAAGAUCCACGCAUACCGAAAGCGCAUACACAAAUUCAAAACGGAGGACUGUUGUCACAGAUAGUGCCUUGGCCUCCUUUCAGAAAAUAAUGAUCAGCUCGAAGGAAUUCAUGGAAAAGGAGAUAAGAAAUAUGCCACUCAGCAAAUAUCACCAGUGGUUCAGGCCAGAAGGAAUAAAUCCGCUGUUUCUAACUUUCACUAAAGAGAAAUGGGAACUACUUCUCCUUCGUCAGUCAGACCCGCUCUUCAAGUUCUACAUUUUUUGCGCCUUCAUCAUAUUCGUUUGCAUCUUCAUUACUCAGCAAGUCUUGAUGCCAGAGCCUACCUGGGGAUGGGUGAGCUUCUCUGCCUGUCUGGUGCUGUUCUUAGUGGUGGUUCCUCUUUGCUGGGUAGCCCCUAUACACCAACACAUCACGGAUCCUCACAACGACAGAGAAUACGAAACAGACGAACUGGGUGCUGUGGCCUCUUUCUUCUACUCCAUUUCAAAGCGCGUUAUUACGUCUUUCUACAUAAGGGCAACUCUAUUUCUGGUGGUGUGCACUGCUCUCUGUGCCUGCACCGUCAUUAACCUGGUUAGUUGUAAAGAUCUUCUUGACAAUAAUAUCGUCACCACCAGCCUGCCCCCGACAACCCCUUACUUAGCAGAUUACGAUGACGCACAAAUUAAUAACAGCACCGUCCAGCCCCCUUUGCAAUUGCCCCUCCUCUGCUGCAGUCCAUGGUAUUUCACAUACAGCUGCAUCUUGACUCUUCUUGUUGCUUGGUCCUUCUUCAGGAUGCACUUCGUCAUAAAACUAUCAGUAUACGUCUUAUCUGGUGCCGUGUACGGAUACUUUGUUUUUUAUUACGCCCAGGAUCUUUAUGCUCACACGAACAUGGAAGAUGUCUGCCCUCAUCCGGUAGUAGUCAGUCGCACUCUCAGUCCCGAAACUGGGAAUUUUCUGGUGGUCCUCAUGAUCCUUUUGGUGCUUCAUGUCAUGGACAGACAGAUGGAGUACGUCAUGAGACUGGAUUUCCAGUGGAAGCAGAACCUCGAAGAGGAACAGAAUGAGGCCCAAACAACACACUUUGCUAACAAGUUACUUCUUCAAAACAUUCUCCCGCUUCAUGUCGCUGACAUGUACCUGAAUCGGCAAAACGUGAUGGACGAAUUGUACCACGAAUCUUACCAUCACGUCGGGGUCGUGUUCGCCUCGAUUCCCAAUUACAGCGAAUUUUAUAAGGAAAACGAAAUGAACGAGGAAGGAAAGAUGUGCCUCAGAGUUCUCAAUGAAAUCAUCUCCGACUUUGACAUGCUGACAUACAACGCGGAAUUUUUAACAAUGGAAAAAAUUAAAGUUGUUGGAAGCACUUACAUGGCAGCCUGUGGUCUGCAGCCAGGUCGAAGGUACAGUAAUGAGUCCGAUUUUCAAGAGAGGGACAAAAAGGAAAAUGUGGCCACUAUUACGAAAUUCGCAGCAGCCAUGUUUGAGAAGCUCCAGAAAAUCAACGCUGAGGAUCUCCAGGAUUUCAAACUCAGAGUCGGAAUCGACGUUGGACCUGUGAUUGCGGGAGUGGUUGGCGCUCAUAAACCCAUGUAUGACAUCUGGGGGAACACAGUUAAUGUUGCCUCAAGAAUGGACUAUACGGGGGAAGAGGGAAAGAUUCACGUUACUACGGAAGUAGCGAAGAUCUUGCAAGAGCUAGGAUGGAGCGUUGAAUGUCGUGGGGAGAUCUACGUCAAAGGGAAAGGUCCCAUGGUAACCUACUUUGUAAAUCCAGCCAAUGUACCGCAUUCGGAGGAAACUCCAACAUUUUCGAAUAGUAAUGAUAUCAACAGUUUCUAUUAUUGCCAUAGUGAGGAUCAAUAUAGCCUGGAAAGACGCGAAAAAAGAAGAAGCAGUCAACUAAGUUUGAAUUCCCUGAAAAUCCUUAUGAAUCCUCGCCGUGGAAGCCUUGAGCUGAGCAAAGGAAGGAAUUCUAUACCUCAGAUUGACUCUAGUACAGUGUUAAAGGUGAUUAAGAAACUCAAGGAUGAUUCAUCGUUAGAAUCAGAGGACAACCGUCUCCUUGCAGUUCGCUUCGUUCUAGCAACGACUGUCAUUCUACGGAUGGUGCGAAUCACCGUUUCCAGUUAUCAUCAUCACCGGUAGAAGAAGAGAGAGGAAAACUUCUGGGGCAUAGUAUUGCCACUCUCACGGCUGCUGAACCCAAACCGCCUACAUAUACCGAAACAACAGAUCACAUAGAAUUGCCUGUGGUGCGUGACCACUCCAUGGACCCCGUUCAGCAAUCCCUCGUAGGUAACGGCUACUCGAAAGGCGUUCACCAUGCUCCUAACGGGGUCUCUGAGAACCAUCUCCAUGAGGAUGUAUCAUGCAUUUCUUCUUCUCCUGGUGUUAUGGAUGAGGCAAAAGUUACUGGAAAAUCACAAUGACUUGGAAAUGAGAAUAAAUCCCGGGUUGAUGCCACAGAUGAAGGGGAAAACGUGGCUGUCCGACUGUGAUCCUCUGGGACGAUUGAUAAUUAUGAUUGUGAUAAUAGAAACGCUCGUUUUUCCUUUUACUUGUUUUCUUUGGGCCGGGGCCAGGAAAAGGCAUUAGGUUCCUCGUCCCGUUAGAAAUUCGUAAAAAAACUGCUAAGUUGUAAUUCCCGAAAACUGAAUGUUAGACAAACUGUUUAUCUUCGGUGCAAAACGAGUCUUAAGAAUUUUAUACCGGAAAACAACAAUAAAAAAAAAGUACAUGAUUAUAAGAACGACUUCUCUGAAAGACGCUGACAGUAAUAUAAAUAUUGCUGUCUUUUUCAUGCACUCAUUUUUACGCGUGUAAUAGAAAUUCUUUCUUUUUUAAGGCAUAAGAAUUAUCAUCGUUCACAUAAAAUUAUUUUACUCUCAGUUAUGACUAGUAAUAGACAUUGUAUUAUGUUAUACAUAAUAUUAUUUAUUUAGCCUGCAAUAGAGCUAGCGAAUGAUAUGUACUUGCUAUAAGGAUUUUUAAUUAUAAUUACCCAUGGUCAAUAGAUGUGUAUUAUAUUACUGACAAAGCUACAGUCCAGAUCACUCGUACACCGGUAACAUGUAUGGGCAUUAAUCUGU